AUUUGCAGAAAGCUCCUUGAAUUCUUUUGAUUUGCUUAAUCAUCCCCAGGUCAGGGAGUUUUUUAAAAACAACAUCAUGGUUUUAGGGGGGAGUUUGGAAAAUUUUUCAAAAUAUCAGGGAUCAUUUUAUAAUAAUGAAUUUUUUAGGGGGUUAUAAGAGAAAAAAUACGUGCACCCUUUAUCACGGAAGCCGAGUUCUUCUCAUCACUCUCUCUCUCUCUCUCUUUCUCUCUCGAUCUCUGUUUCUCGAUCUUCGAGUGGUUUCGCUGGAGACGGCGACGAGGCCGAUGCGGUGGGAGCGCGUAAACGUGAACGCGCGGGCGAGGGAGACGCCAGACGGGAAGAAGACGCCGGGGAGGACGGGCGGCAUCUGGGGACCUGGCCAGAGAUGGGGACAUACCCUCAAUUCGGUGAAGAACGGGAGGCUUAUCUACGUUUUCGGUGGGUUUUAUGGUCCAGAGAAGUGCCAUUCCAACGACGUCUUCGUCUUUGAUACUGUAAAGAAGACAUGGAGCAAACCAAUGGUCAAGGGAAUUCCACCGUCUCCAAGGGAUAGUCACAGCUGCACCACUGUUGGCAAUAGGUUAUUUGUUUAUGGGGGUACCGAUGGGACUAAUCCGUUGGACGAUUUACACAUUCUGGACACUUCAAUAAAUACAUGGAUACCAUCACCGGCAGAUCUACAGGUUAGUGGGCCAGAUGCGCGUGAGGGGCACAGUGCUGCCCUUGUUGGCAAACGGCUCUUCAUAUUUGGUGGCUGUGGGAAAUCUAACAAUAUUUCUGGCGGACAAGUUCAUUAUAAUGAUCUUUACAUAUUGGACACAGAAAAACUUAAAUGGGAAUAUGCCAUGACCACUGGUCACCCACCUUCUCCACGUGAUAGCCAUACAUGUUCAUCUUGGAAAAACAGAAUUAUUGUUCUUGGUGGUGAAGAUUCAUCAGAUUGCUAUCUAUCUGAUGUCCACAUUCUUGAUACAGAUACUCUUUCGUGGAGCCAAAUAAGCACAUCCGGCCAGAUGAUAGCACCGCGUGCUGGGCAUACUACUGUAGCCCUUGGAAGCAAUUUGUUUGUAUUUGGAGGUUUCACAGAUGACAGGAACCUCUAUGAUGAUCUUCAUGUGCUUAACCUUGAUACUGGCAUCUGGAGCAAAGUGUCAAGUGUAAACCAAGGCCCCUCUGCUCGAUUUUCAGUAGCUGGUGACUGCUUGGAUGCAACAAAGGGUAUUCUCGUGUUCAUGGGUGGUUGCAAUAAAUUUCUUGAGGCGCUUGAUGAUAUGUACUAUUUGUAUACGGCUUUGCCAGAGUUGGAUGUGCUACCUGAAAAUAGGCAUGAGAAGUUCUCCCUGAAGAAAGAGUUCAAAAGAAAGUGCCAAGAAGAAUCUUUUCAAUCAGAUAGGUUUGACAAGAGAAAUGCUGCACUUUGUCAUGGAACUCUAGAAACUUCAGAGACUCUGUAUUUGCCUUGUUACAGCCAAGAAGGAAUAAAAUAUACAUCCAAACAAGGCACAGCAUUUCAAGCUAGAAUUACAAAUUCAGGUGAUUAUGGAUAUGCGAUUGAAACUGUAAUUGGAGGGAAAUUGCUUCGUGGUCUGAUACUGGCCUCCACGGCAGGGUUUACAGAAGGGAGUAGGACAGAUAGUGCAAGAAUUGAAGCCAGUGUAAACAAGUACCAGCCUACUCAACAGAUUAUCGGGGAAAACCAGCAGAAAGCAAAAAGUUCAGACACAUCAGCUCCAGAUACAAAUAUUGACGAACCAAACAAGAGUUCAAAUGCUGUGGAGCCAUUAGGAUCAUCGAUUGAGCGCCCUAUGAAUAAUGAAGCUCCGAAUAAUUCAGACAAUCAAAAUGCAGGAAACUCAUGUGAGAAUUCAUCCUCUGAAGUACAACCAGUGCCUUCUUUACCAACUCAAGGGGUUGACAAAGAACAAGAUAAAACAGGAUGACCAAGCUAAUCAAUAGCUUCAAAAGGGAAAUCCUCAGAAUUUUGCUUCGAAAACUUUGCGGAAGACAGUCGCAAGGUUUUUUCUCUAUUAAUCAAGUGUUGUCACCUUGACUAUGUUGAACUGCAUAUAAAUAUAACCUGAGCAACUCCACCAAUAGAUCUGCAGACUCAAUGCUUAAUUCACCUGCUCCUUAAUUCUUUUUGUUGUCCAAGCUUGUAUGUAAGUAAGGUAGGAAUGUAAGAAGCAUUAUGCACAAUAAUUGUUAGAAAUAUUCUAAAUUGAAGGUUCUGA